AUGAUAAUUACUGGUAAUAGUGUUGAUGGUAUCACUGAUCUCAAAGCAAGCAUUCACUACCACUUUGAGAUGAAAGAUCUUGGAUCUCCUAGUCAUUUUCUUAGUCUUGAAGUUAUCUCGUCCAAUGAUAGCGUCUAUCUUUCUCAAGUAAAGUAUGCAUAUGAUCUUCUUGCUGAGGUUGGGAUGACUAAUAGUCAAAUAAAAUCUAUUCCUCUUAAGCCUAAUGUUCGCUUUACUCCUAUGGAUGGAAUUGCUUUGGAUGAUCUCAUUCUCUACGAACAGUUGUUCCUAUCAGCACCCCACACUACUCAUUUUGCCGCUAUUCUUCAGAUUCGUCGCUAUAUCAAAGGUACUAUGUUUCAGGAUCUUCGUUUUUCUGCUUAA